UUCAGCCCCUCCAUGACAUCCAACAGGACUGACUGCUGCUGUUGCGCACACAGAAAGAGUAGCGAUCGUCAAAUACAUGAUCCGCCUAAUCUCUCCAACCCCUCGGCCUGCCAAAUAAUAUCGCGGUAAAGUGGAACCAACGGCCCUAAAGAAAAGGAACAGUGAUUUCACCGUCAUCUUGUGACUUUAAUUGACUGGGAUUUGUCGAGGAUGAGGUUGAUCCAGAGCCCGCACGCGGAUGGAGAAGAGAAGCACGAGCUGGCUCCUCCUUUCAGAAACCCGUUCGUGCAUGAUUUAAGAUUCACAAUAUUUCAAAAGCUUCAGAUUGGUUUGAUGACUGUAACGCUGUUUCCCAUCCGGCUCUUCGUUGCUGCGUUCAUGAUGCUGUUAGCCUGGCCGUUUGCCUUCAUCGCCACCAUUGGCCGCUCGGAGUCCGCAGUGGAGCCACAGUGCUUAUGGAGAAAGGUAGUGGACCUGGUGUUGAGGACCAUCAUGCGGGUCAUGUGGUUUGCGGGUGGAUUUCACUGGAUCAGCAUUAAAGGCAGACAGGCUCUGCCAGCAGAGGCUCCCAUCCUCACCCUCGCCCCACACUCGUCAUAUUUCGACGCCAUUCCCGUCACCAUGACGAUGGCGUCCAUCGUGAUGAAAGCUGAGAGCAAAGACAUCCCUGUCUGGGGAACUCUAAUCAAAUACAUCCGACCGGUAUUUGUGUCCCGCUCGGAUCAAGACUCCAGAAGAAAGACGGUGGAGGAGAUUAAGAGAAGGGCUCAGUCCGGAGGAGAGUGGCCUCAGAUAAUGAUAUUCCCAGAGGGGACAUGCACAAAUAGAUCCUGUCUGAUCACUUUCAAACCAGGUGCGUUCAUUCCAGCAGUACCAGUACAGCCUGUAGUGAUCCGCUACCCCAACCAACUGGACUCUAUCACCUGGACAUGGCAGGGGCCUGGCGCAUUUAAGAUCCUCUGGUUGACUCUGUGCCAAUUUCACAAUGACUUUGUGAUUGAGUAUCUGCCCAUCUACACGCCCUCAAAGGAGGAGAAAAAGAAUCCUGCGCUCUUCGCCCACAAUGUGCGCUGCCUGAUGGCAAAGGCCCUGCAGGUCCCUGUGACAGACUACUCGUUUGAAGACUGUCAGUUGGCCAUGGCCGAGGGUCAGAUCAGGCUGCCAGUGGACACGUGUUUGCUGGAGUUUGCCAAACUGGUCCGGAGACUAGGGUUCAAACGUGAGAAAUCAACGAAGCUCCUGCAGGAAUAUGGGACGAGAGCUUGUAAGCUCCAGGGGGAACGGUUGAGUCUAGAAGACUUUACCCAGUUCCUGGACCUUCCUGUGUCGGAUGUUCUCAGAGACAUGUUCGCUCUCUUCGAUGAGGAUGAAGAUGGCUCUAUAGACAUCAGAGAAUUUGUGAUCGCCUUCUCUGUGGUGUGCAGGCCAGCGAAAACAAUGGAGACCAUAAAGUUGGCUUUCAAGAUGUUUGAGGCGGAGGAGGACGGGGCGAUCACGGAGAACGAGCUGAUCUGUAUCUUGAGGACAGCUCUGGGGGUGGGAGACCUCAAAGUCGGCCGGCUGUUCAGAGCCAUAGAUGAAGAGGACUCUGGCAAAAUCACCUUUGAGAGCUUUAGGAACUUUGCAGAGCAGUAUCCGGAAUUUGCCGAGGAUUACCUCUACUCUGACAAUGCCGGAUUCGGGGGCGGCUUCUCUUCCCACGCUUCCACUCCCGUGGCCAACGGUUUCUGUGCUGAUUUCACCCCGAGCGACCACCACGCUCCUCAGAAGAAACUCGACUGAGCUCCUUCCGCAACCUCCAGUCGCUCUCCAGAGGAACGGAGGAGAUGCAGUCAGAGUCACAUUAUUGCAAAGUUUACUUCCUGGUAUCCGUAACAUUUUUGUGGUUAUUUUACUCUUCUCCUCAGCAUUUCAGCUGUCUUUUUGGGAUGGGGAAUGUUUAUUUUUUUAAAGAGCGAAUUAAAGGGACUUUUUCAAACGUAAAUACUUGAAGGCCAAGCACUUAUUUAGUUUUGAAUUGAGUGAUACUGACUGUGCAUGUUUUUGAAAUAUGGGGUGACAAAUUCAAGCAAAGGAAAUGUAAUGGAUAAGGAACUUAAACGAUUGGUUUAUUUUGCUGGUUCCCUAUGUCCAUCACUGCCCACAGUUUUUUCAUGCUUUGUGACUGUAGAUGCCUUUAUAAAAUAUAUAAGUAAUUGCAUGGGCUUGAUGCCAGACAACAGUAUUACUCAGUAUUUGACUAAAUGAUCAUUAAGCACCGGUGACAAAUAUCUGAUUCUGCUUGAAUCUGCGUGCAGGAUCAGAUUUGAGGUGCUCAAGGGUCCAAUGAAGUGCUGGUCUUAAUUAAAAUGAGCCAGUUCAAUAUCCUUAAAGUGUUUUUUUGUAUUUAUAUUUUGCGUCACUUAGCUCAGGGGUAAGGGAAAGUGACUAGUUUUGCUGUAGUUUCAUUUUUGUUUUUAUGAGAGGUUUACCAUACCACAACCAAUUAAUUUCAUGAUCAGAUGUCAGUUGACACUCCCUGUAUUUCUUCCCUUUAGGUACUAAGAUAAAGAGUUGCUCAAAUCUUUUUAUAUGGACCAAAUACACAACGACUGUGGCGGAGUUAGUUUUGAGAUUCAGGAACAAUGUUUUUCGCUUUAAGAAAAGGAGUUACAAAAUAGAAUGUUUACCUUUUUAUAAAUACCAUUUUCCUGUAUUUUUCUAUUUUUUACUCACAGUGGCCAACGUUAAACUCAUCAAGUAUAAUCAUUUGGCUUUGAAAUAGAAACCUGUAAAUUCCGUUGUGUGCUUAAACUGCUUCGUGGUUCAGUUUUUGAGAUUCAUUUACAGUUUCUCUCUUUUCCCCUGCAUUUUGCAAAGUCUUCCUUCUUAUGUUUUCUUCGAGGUUUGCGCCUUCAUAGGAAUAAGAAAAGUCCGUUUUUGAACAAGCCUAAGGAAUGUUGAUUUCUAUUAAAUGAACAAAAAUUUAUUCUCUGCCUGCACAGAAAAGCUGCAUGACUUAUCAAUGACUCAGUGUGUAAUUAAAUCAGCCGUUGGAUUAGAGUUUUGAAAAGCAUUAUUGAUGGCUGUUUUUUUUCAACCAAGUAGAUUUUUUCCAGUGCUGUUAUUUCAGUAUAUUUAAUUUACCACUGCAGUUUUGAAAAACUUGUCAGGUUAUUUAGCUAGAAGAUACUGCUAGAAUUUAAACCAACUUUUUUUUAAAGAAUUGUCAUUUAUGGUAAUCAGCCAUCUGAAGUUAGGUUUAAUUCAUUGAUACAUUACAUCAAAACAUCAUAGAAUAUCAGUUCACAUUACAUUCUCGGGUGUCAACAUAUGGGCUAUCAAAUAUCUUUAGAGUGAAAGUGCUGAUCUAAGCUCGGCCUGAAUCUGUAAGACUUUCUGUCAGUAGAAUGUGAAUUUCAUGAUCUUAGAUCUGCACUUAUUAUCGGAGACGUUUGAUACAAACUACUUUUUUAUAGAGAAAAAAAAAGUCCCUUUAAAGGGUUAUUAAGCUUCACUUUUCAUUAUGCACCUAAAUUCCAUUUUACCUUCACAUUUUCGGUAAAGAAAUAUUUUAUCGAUGUCGCCAUCUUUGACUUCAAAUAAAUCUAUAUUUCUGAUCUGUAUUUUGAAUGUUACAAAUGCAGGGCAUUUUGUGAAUUUUGAUAUACAUGAAAGAAAUUUCUUUUCACUGCCAUGAAAGAUCUAUGAUCUAAAGUGUUAUUUAAAUAUUACAAUGGCUGAACUGAUAAACUAGUAUCUUUUGCUCCUCUUUGUACUUUUAUUUUGUUGGUUUUUUUGCUGCUUUUCUUGAUAAUCAUGUAAUUGUUUUAUUCCUCUCAUUUUAGAAAUGCUUCCAAUUUCAUUUUUAUUUCUUGGCAUUAAAUUCAAAUGUCAUUUUUAUGAGGAAAGGGGAAUGUAUUGACAAUCCAUCACAAUCAAUAGUAAAAAUUGAUGUCAUAACUGAAGUAACUAUAUACUCGACUAUCUGCAUUUAUUAAAAUGACAAACAGGAAGUUGUGAGGGACGCUUGAACCUGACGUACAGUCUGUACAGAUGACGGUUCGGCCAACAUGCCACAAGAUGUUUUCAAUCCAGUAGUCGUGGUUUUCCCCGUGUUAUCCCAAUUUGAUGUCUGUUCACUUGUUCUGGCACUUUAGAUUUGUGAGCUUUCUUUUUUUCUGAAUUAUGUGAGACAGUAUGCUGGUUUGCAUGUUAAAAUGUUGUCACUGGUUUGUAUUGCCAUUAUUGUGGCUUUGUAUCGAUACUUACCAUAGUGAGGUUUUAUGGGAUGGAAGAACAGCUGAUAGGGAUUGUGGGUUUGCUCAGGGCUCUUUGAAUCCCUGACUGAUAGACUAAUACACACCAAAUGCUUUCUGCACAUUGAGUGUAAAUACUUAGCAUGUAAAUAGCAUGCAUUUUAUUGGUUGCAGUGUAGUUCUUUUUCUAAACAGGUGCUUUUUGAGAAUGAUAUGAGCAUUGAGCUAAAUGUCAAAAAGCCGUUUUCGCUGUGAAACGCAGCAAGAUUCAUCUUUGUGAGGAAGGCCAGCAUGUCGUUCAUAUUUUAAAUCCAGAUUGAAUUUGAUCAGCAGAUGUUUAAUAAAUGGAACCCUGAGCAGACCCCAGUCAACCUGCUUGAAACAGUGAGUUCAGAUGUAUUUUGAUUUCAAUUUAAUCUACAGUUUAUAACUGUCCUUGUUUAAAACCCUAAUGAAAUAUAUGUUCUACUCUGUUUUGGAAAGGGUUUCUAAACGGUAAAAUCAUAUUUACUGUAUUUGACUUUCCUCUGCCUGUCACGGUGUUCCACACUGAGCUGAAGAAGAAAGACUGAGCUUCUUUUUUCCAAGUGAUGUGUCUUUCUGAUGGCUCUUCGGUCACCCGUUUCGGCUAAUGUAGAUGAUUUAGGUUUGUUUUCUAUUUUACCCUGAGUUUUAUUUUUUAUUGUGUAAAAAGAUGUUUUUACAAGAUACCUGGGCUUGUCUGUUAUGCAAAUGUCAUUCUGACUCUUUAAUUAAUAAAGGGACACUUGACUACA